UGCUGCCUUCUCCUCCUCACUUAACACUUUCACUAGCUGUGGUGAACUUGAGGAGAAAGUUAACUUCUUUGAUCGUUUCUCUCAUUUUUUUUUUGGCUCCUUUCACUUAUUCAUCAUGGCUUUUGCGGUCAAAGCCCUUUGCCUGUUCCUGGUUGCAGUCGUUUGCAUCCAUCUCAGCACUGGUGUAGCCAUUCAACUCAGGUGCCAGUGCAUUAAGUACUCUGAAAAGGCUUCUCCUUGGAAGGCGAUUGAAGAGUUCUCCAUCACUCAACCACACGGCCGCUGCCAAACCACAGAAGUUAUAAUCACACUAAAGGGCAUCAAUACAGCAACAGGAAGGAACCACCAACGCUGCCUGGACCUAAAGCUGAACCAGACCAUAACCCUUCAGGAAUGCUGGAACAGGAUAAAUAAAGACGAAAGCAGACCAAAGCUCAAGUAUUCCGAAUGUGGACAGAGAAAGUGAAAGCACAUGCUGAGAAGGCUGAAACAGAUGGGAUGGAUAUGGUGACCAGUUGGAAAACUCCAGUGGAAAUUUAUGGAGUCAUAUGACUAAGGGGAAUCCAGCAGGACUGCAGGAAUGCUGCUGGUUGAGACUUUGCCCCCUUGUGGAGUUAGAAAAACCCAGUAGGUUAGAUAAAGCCCAGGAAGCAGAUGUUUUCCAGUAAGGACCCUGAUCUCACUGGAGAACUGCAAAAAGGACUGUGGCUGUGUUCCAGACGAUUACACAACCUCUGCUGAAUGUUACUUGCACAAAAAGACUGUCGCUGUUCGCUUAACUUUAAUGCAGCUAGUAUUUAAAUAGUAUUAUUGAAAAUUGUAUAUUUAAUUGUAUUAUAUUGUGUGUUAAUUAUAUUUAAUAAUAUGCUAAUGUGAAUAAAGCUGUAUUUUUUAUAUAUA